CGCCAUUUCUACGGUCCCUGCCAACUGUUCCUCCGCCCGUCCUGAGUCUUUCCGCGAGCACGGUAUUUCAUCGUUGUUGCCACCCAAAAUCCAACCAUUCCGUCCCUAACCAUCUCCGGCGGCUGGGACGCUUCUCCCAAGGGGGGCCUGACCGCACGGGUCCGCCUGCCCAAGAUCCGCGUGAGCGGGAGCGGACCGCCUUGGGACGAGAGCUGAGACCAUGAAGACGUGCGAGGUUGUGGACCCCAUGGUGGGGGACGUCGGCAUGGUUCGUUCCAUCACAUCAAACCCGGACAAUGAUCAACCCUUCUUCGUCGUUGAUGUGGGUGACAUUCUGUACAAGGUGAAAGUCUGGAAACUGAAGAUCCCGCGCGUCGAGCCCUUCUACGCUGUAAAGUGCAAUGGAGAUCCAGCGGUGCUGGAACUUCUGGCUGGCCUGGGCUUGGGCUUUGAUUGUGCCAGCAAGGCUGAGAUUGACACCAUUCGGGCAGUGGGAGUGGCAAGCAGCCGCAUCAUCUAUGCCAACCCGUGCAAGACUCGCUCAUUCAUCAAGCAUGCUGCUGCCGUUGGUGUUGACCUAAUGACCUUUGACAAUGAACUGGAGCUGUACAAAGUACGCGAGCUGUACCCGACGGCACGCCUGGUUCUGCGCCUGCGCGUCGACGACUCUGGUUCAGUCUGCCAGCUGGGCCUCAAGUUUGGCUGUGAAGUGGACGACGCGCCGCAUCUCCUGUCUGUGGCCCGCUCCCUCGGCCUUUCUGUCGUGGGCGUCAGCUUCCAUGUGGGCAGCAACAGCCGUGAGCCGCAGUCAUUUGCACGUGCUAUUGAAAGUGCUCGUCGGGUGUUCGACCAAGGCCUGACUCUGGGCUUUCCUAUGACUCUGCUUGACAUUGGGGGUGGCUAUCCAGGUGACCAAGGCUUCCAGACGCUCUUCGACCAGAUUGCGCACACCAUCAACACCAGUUUGGCGGAGCACUUCCCUGAGGAGAGUGGGGUGCGAGUGAUUGCAGAGCCUGGCCGCUUUUUUGUGUCGUCGGCAUUCACACUCUAUACAACUGUGAUUGCCAAGCGCGAGGCUGGUGGUCGACCCAUGUACUACCUCAAUGACGGCGUCUACGGCUCCUUCAACUGCACAGUCUUUGACCAUGCUGAGCCGGUGCCCUUCGCACUGAACAGCAGCGAUGGCCCCCUGCGCCUCUGCUCCCUUUGGGGACCAACGUGCGACUCCAUGGAUAUGGUGUUGGAGGAUGCACUGCUACCAGAACUUCAGCCGGGCGACUGGGUCGUCUUUGAGAACAUGGGUGCCUACACGCUGUGCGCUGCAUCAAACUUCAAUGGCUUCCAAGCACCAGAGGUCAAAUACAUGCUGACAUACUCCGCCAUGACACAGCUGCAGGGCAUGUCCUUCUGGAAUAACCUGGCUCGGCACCUGGGCACUGCUGUACAGCAGCCACAGCCGGACUCGUGCGGAACAACUCCAGGGCAGGGCGCGGGGGCGGCGUUUGACGUGACGCCGCCCCCGCUCGCGGAGGUGCAUGGCUGAAGCCCAAUAAAAAAUAAAGGUGGCACAUUUUAAAAGUU